AUGAGCACGAAAAUUGAGCAGGCAUCUGCUGCUAUUCAGACUGCUGUAACAGCUACACCAUCAACAAGUGCAUCCAAGAGUGGUAGUGAGGUGGUGAAUGAAGAAAGUGCUAAACAGGUGCAGCGGAAAACUAAAUGGGGCCCUGAUCUGACACAGGAUGCUGCUGUUAGAAAGGGAAGAGCUUUAGCUUAUCAGACUCGGGUGGAUCAAAUUACACGAAAGCUAAACUCAGGAAAGUUGGAGAUGGCGGAAAAUUUAGCCUCACCAUCAGCAUCCCAGAUGAUGGAUUAUGAGUCUUCAGGUCAACAUAUUAGUAAUGAGGAGUCAGAACUAUUGGAACUCGAAAGGCGUGAAGCUAUUGGUGAAAUACUAGAGCUGAAUCCAAGUUAUAAGGCUCCUGCUGAUUAUAAACCUUUGUUUAAAGAGUCCAAAGUUCCAAUUCCUACAAGUUUGUUGUGUGUUGAUAACUCUGUGUGGGAUAUGCAUCUCAUGACUGUCCAGUACUGUAAUUGCAUACUCAAGUUCUCAGUAUUCAUGAAUUCUGUAAACGAUGAGACUAGUACCUAUGUCUUGGAACCAACCGGAGAAGCAGUCUCCUUCGCUGCAAGGGUUAGAAACCCUAAUCUGAACACCCAAGCAGCGCACACCCACCGCCAAUACUCAGGGUCGAAGAAAGCUAAAACUGUGAUCACCACAGCCACACGGCGGACAACAAUAAUCACUAUUAUGAUGCUGACCUUUGGCAACAACGAACUAUCUCAUACUCCGACGAAUCACACAUCGACGAACACCAUAUGCCGGAUUUCAUCACCUACCACAACCGAUAUCAACACAAGCACUAGCCAUGGCUACUGGUCAAACAACGACCCUAUGCCAUGGCCAUGGAUGCACUAGCGACGGAACAAUAAAUAACGA